UCCACCAGCAGGACUGCGGCGUAACGGCCGCAGCCCCCGGUGGGCUGAGAGUCAGCAUGGCGCAAGGCCGGGAGCGCGAAGAUGCCUCCCCGCAGUUCGCCAUCAGCUCCACGCUGUCGGUGAGAUGGGUGCAAGGAUUCCCCAGUCAGAACGUUCAGUUUGUCAAUGACCGCACCAUCUGCUACCCUUCUGGGAACUUCGUGAUCUUCAUGAACCUCGACACCAAGAACAAGACUGUCCUCCAGUGUAUUAAUGGGAUUGUGGGCAUCGUGGCAACUAACAUUUCUGGUGAGGUUGUGGCUUUCUCUGACCGCAGGCUAAAGCCCAUCAUCCACGUAUACGCCUUUCCGGCCCUGAGCAGAAAAAACAAGUUAAAAGGCAACAUCCUCCUGGACUACACUUCUCUUUGCUUCAGUUACUGUGGCAACUACCUGGCCAGUUUCUCAUCCCUCCCGGAGUUUGAGCUGGCCCUCUGGAACUGGGAAACCGGGGUCAUCUUGUGUAGGAAAUCAAAUCCUGGAAUGGAUGUGACCCAGAUGUCCUUCAACCCCAUGAACUGGCAGCAAAUAUGUUUGUCAAGUCCAAAUUCAGUGAGCGUGUGGACCAUUGAAAGAAGCAACCAGGAGCAUCAUUUCAGGACAAGGAUGGUUAAGCUUCCUCUAGAAGAUGGGACCUUCUUAAAUGAAACAGAUGUGCUUUUCCCCACCUCACUGCCCAAGGACCUCAUUUAUGGGCCCAUAAUGCCACUGUCAGCCAUUGCCGGGCUGGUGGGAGAAGAGGCAGAAACGUUCAGGCCCAAAGAUGACAUCUACCCUUUGCUUCACCCAACAAUGCACUGCUGGACUCCGACGAGCGACCUGUACAUUGGGUGCGAAGAGGGCCAUCUUCUGAUGGUUAACUCGGAGAGCUUGAAGGUUACCGUGCUGCAGAAGGCAGACGACCUACAGCUGAUGGACGGAGGCCAGCUUAUCAGCCCACUCAUCCUGGUGUAUCAGAAGGACGGCAUACUGGCUUCUGGAGUUGAUGGUGUGGUAUACUCUUUCAUCAUCAAGGACUUCAAGUACCAAGUGAAGAGCUUUCUUAAGUUUGACGGGACAGUGGCAAAUUUGACGUUUUCCCCUAGUUACAAAAUGUUGCUGAUUCAAACAGACAAGGGGUCUGUUUACACCUACACAUUUGGUGAAGAGAUGCCUCUAGAUAGAAUCCUAGAAGCCUAUGAUGGGAAAGUUCAGGCCACUGACUUCAUCACACCGGGAACCAAGCACCUCGUGAUGCUCACAAGCUCGGGGGAAGUUUCUAUUCUGUGGAUAGAGGACUGCACUUGCAUAAGCAGGCUCCUGCUGAGGGUUCCGGCAACAACUCUAGCAUGCUGCCCUUCCUCCGCAUCGGCUGCCGUGGGGACAGAAGAUGGCUACGUGUACUUCCUGAACGUCCACGACGUGGAGUCCCCUCGGGUGAUGCACUCCGUCUUCCUCUCCCAGUCACCAGUGAAGAUCUUGAUUUAUGACCAGCGAGGAAUUUUUCUGUUCGUCGGUACAGCAGAAGGAAACGUCUUUGUCAUCGAUGCCAGACCCUCAAAAGGAUUUCAGAUUUUUGGAUUCACUGAGGCAAGCAAAGACAUUCUGCAGAUCUCCACGGUGUCUCUGCCGGGGACAGACAUAGUGGACGUGCUGGUGCUGUCCCCGCUUCUGGAAGCAGGGAGGAGCAGGCUGGAGUACUUCACCGUGCCUAUCUGGUUACCACAAGCUUCUAGUAAUUGUUCUGAUGAAAGGGGAAAGCUGAAUGAUGCAUUCAUCCAGAAGUUCCUGUAUGAGGUGGAACACCCUCUCUCUUCUGCCGUGCUGGGCUUCGAAAGAGACAAAGUCUACGGCUACUGCAGCCACGUGCCGUACAUCUGCAGCUAUAUACUGCCUGAAAAGGAUCAUGUUGGAAUUUAUAUACUUAAGCCAUACCAAAAAGUACAGAGCAAGCAGUAUGGGUCCGGAACGAUCUUUAUGUCUUCACAUGGAUUGUGGCUUCUGACAAUAGCUAAAUGUGGAUAUCUCUUUGUCCGAGAUAUCGUCCAUCUGGAACCGUUUGCUCGAAGUCGGAGUCAUUCUCAUCAGGCGCAUGGGAUUCAGUACGUAACAAUGUCAAUGGAUGGACAACACAUCCUGGUGAAUGGGAAAGACGAUGGCACCCUUGUCUACCUCAAAUGGAAGCGGCUUGGAGGAAACUUGGCAAAUGAUGUCCUUGAACACUACCAGAAACUAAUGGGCAAUCUGAGCAGCAAGCUGGAAAGGGAGAAUAAAUACUUGGUUGCACCUGAAAUUUUCCGUGAAUCUAUAGUUUCCCAAGAUGAGCAACAAGAAGAGGAUUCACCUGAACCCAGUAAAAAGCUGAGCGUGGACUCAUCACAAGAGGAAUUUGGCCUUAGUUCUGACAAGGAAAUUCCCUGGAUCCAAAAAAAAAGGGAAGAGGCUAUCAAAAAUGAGGUCAAACAGUUUUCAAAGAAGAGAAAAGAGAUCAAAAGAAGAAUCAAGGAGCUCGCGAAAACUAUUACAGAUAUGAUGGAAGAAAAUGAAAAUGUGGACCCUAUUGCAAAAUUAGACCACCAGGAAUUUUGCCUGGACCUUGAGGAACUGGACCGCCUUCAUGAGCGAAGUGAGGAAGAGGUUGGAAAGCUGAGAAAAGACGUGGAGAUGCAUAACUUAGCCACGAGAUACUUAACUGAGCUCAUCAAGGAAGAGUGCUGGAAUUCCAUGACUGAGAAGGGCAGGGCUCUAAAGUGUUUUCAUAUGCCCUAUGUGGUUGAGAACUUCCCCAUGAAAAUGCGCUCAGAAGAAGAGCUGCAGGAGUUGGAAAGAGUUUUGCAGCAAAAGAAGAUUGAGGCAGAGUGUCUUAAGCUACGGAAGGAAAUUGUAGAGGUCCCGUCUACAACCGGCACAGUUAAAAAGCAUCAUGAAGAGGAUGAGGAAGAAGAGGAGGAGGAAGAUAAGACAAUAAAAGAUACCACUCUGCCCAAUUACCUGCUGGGCAGUCUAAGCAAUGAUUUUGGGGCAGAGACCUCUCUGUUGACGAGCCAACUGGAACUUCAUUCCAGAGAGGAUAAAAUCAACCAAAUUAUAAUGCUGAAAGAUAUCAUUUACCAGGUAAAACAGUCUUUCAAUACUGAGUUUCUUGGUGCCUAUAAACAAAAAGAGAUUGAAAUUGCACGCAUAAAAGAAAGAAAUGUUCGAAUUGAAGAAAUUAUUUUAGACUUGGAAUUGGAAGAAAAGGUCUGGCAACCAGAGUUUGAAGACUGUGAGCAGCCAGAACGAGUGCUUGCUGUGGAAGAUGAUGAGGUUUCAGCUAAAAAACAUGUUACUCCAUGGAAAAAAGCCAAAACAAAUUUGGUCACAUCCAUUGAAAUGAAGAAAUUGCUACAAUCACAGGCCGCCGAUGAAAGACACAGAGGCCUGAUGGACAUGAUGGGAGGUGUUCUGGAAGUUAAGAAGGAAGACAUCUUAAGAAUGGUGAUCCCUCAACCUGCCUUCAUGGAAAAACCCGAUGCUCUGUGGACUGAAGAAGAAAGGAAGCAAUUCAAAGAGUAUGAGAAAAAAGUCAAGGAUCUAAAUGAAGAAAGAGAUAAGUACAGAAAGUCUUUAGAUGCAGAAUUGAAGAAACUUCAAAACUCUAUUCAAGAAAGCACACAGAGCUUUGAUGAUCAUUUGAAGAGACUCUUUGACAAAAGAGUGAAGGCAGAGAUGGUUGUCAACCAGGAGGAACUGAAAAUAAACAACCUCGUGUUUUCUUUGCUGCUGGAUGAAGAACUGAGCUCCAGGGAACAGUUCCUGAACAACUACCUUUUGAAGAAGCAGGAUGAAAAAAGCAAGACUUUAGAAAUCAUCCAGAAAGCUAGAGAAGACCUGGAUGUGUUGAAGGAGCACCAUGACAACUUACUGGCAGAAGACAAAGUUCUGGAACGCAGCUUCAAGAAGGAAUUUUCUGAAACUUCUGGGCACCACGUGGAUAUACUCUACAAACUUUUUAAGCGGCGGCCAAGGGUUCCCAAACAGAAGACACACACAGAUAUGAAUACUCUUAUUCCUUUCGGCGAGAGACCAGGACCUGACAAGUUAAAUAAGGACACCUUUUCCCAGCAAAUGAGAUCCAUGGACGAGCUGGACAAUAUCAGUAACAUGCCGGAAGGCUUGGACCCCUUGGUCUGGGAACAUUUCUGCUCAAUCAGACGAGCAAAACUGGAAAAUGAAUACAAAGUGAAGCAGAAGGCGGCCAGCCUGCUUGAAAUGAUGACUUUUCUCCGGAAGCGAGUGGAGGAGGAUGAGGCGGUGCAGCACGAGAUCGAAAGAGUGCUCCAUGAGCUCCUCCGAUUACAGGAUGAAAAAAUGAAAUUCCAGCUGAAUUUGACAGUACAAAUUCUUCUUAAACAAGGACAAGUAGAACUGGAGAAUUUCCAGUUGAGCCUGGAAUAUGCUGAUGCAAUUCUCAUCAAUAAGAAUAUAAUUGAAGACUUGAAUUCUGUGAUUCGGACUCAGGGACAAAAGAAAGUGACUAGCAUGAUGGAAAGCAAAGACGUCCACAAAGGGAUAUAUCAGAUUGAGUGGGAGCACAAGAAAAUGGAGAUGGAAAUGGAAGAUCUAAACCAGAAGGCCUGGGAUAUUCAGAUGCUGUUUUUCUCACGAAACCGUCAAAAGUUCCUAAAUGAACCAAACUACGAGACUGUCAUAGCCAUUGAGAUUGGAAUAAUGGAACAAACCAUUAAUGUUCUAGAGAAGACCCACAAGAAGAAUGUAGAAAACUGCAAAAAAUUACUCAAGAAGUUGGGAAAAUACAGCAAUCAAAAGGAUGUAGCAAAUUACGCACUAAGCUGUAGUCUGCGGGAGGAAUUGGUGGCUGUCUCAGAGAGACAGGACAUCUGCCAUGAAAUGGGGUCUAUGCUGACCUGUGAGAAGAUUGCCAGAGAACGAUACCGUAACAUGAUGAAACAGCAGAAGUUGACAAACAUCUCAAAACAGCAGGCUGAGCAGAUCUCAAUACUGCAGGCUGAAGUGGAAAGGUUACGGAUGAAAACGUUCCCUGCUCUCGUCCCGAUGUAGAGCACCAGCAGGAGCAGCAGGCAGAGCCACUCCAAAAUAAUGCUGCGGCGGAAAAACGACCGCUUUCGCUUUUCUGAGAAAACCUACGCAGGUUAGCUCUUAGCUACACGGUUUUCAUAGAGUUUAGGUUAAUCAGUACAGUUGUUUGUCCUACGUGAAUAAAUGAAUACA